UGGGCCGUAAUUCAGCGGCGACACGCACCGUCGUCCUCCGCUCUCACGGUCUCUUUGGUCCCAUCUCCCCGGUCGCCGCGCCGCCGUCGUCCUCCGCCCUCCCGUCUCCGCCGGACGCCACUCGUCAGAUUCGUUUCGUUCGUUUAGGCGUCGCUAGCUGCUGCUGAUUUGCCUGACUGAGGUGUACUGGAGGUCUGGAGCUGAAGCAGAGCUCCAAGUCCGGCACCGGCGAGACAUGGCUGCGGCGGCGAAGGAGGUGGACAUGAAGAAGAUGGAGCUUAUGAAGGAGGUAAGAGCGCACCAAGUCGCGAUUGGGGAGCUCAACAACCUGCCUCCAUCCAGGGCCGCGUACCAGAAGACCUGCAACAUCUUCUUCCGCAAGGACAUCAAAUCUGCCGUGGCGUCCCAACAGAAGCAACUUGAUACUGCCAAGGCAAAGCUGCAGAAGCUGGAUCAGGCAUCAUGAAGGUUCACUGCAGAAAUUUGAAAUUGCAGCCUAUGCUGCUUCAUUCAUCCACCUCCAUGAAUCGAUCCUCUCUAAUCAAGUGUCUUAGUAGUGCUAGACAACAUGCAACUUAUAUAUAUAUCUUUCUGUGUAACAAUUGUGUCGUUUCAAGCUGGUUGCUAGUUAUGAGAGUCAUUUCUUUAUGAACAUGGGGAAUGGAUAUGGGACUGUAGUGCCAUUGUACUGCGCUUUGACAAUUACUCCGCUAUCAAAGCUAUCAGGUGAAUUAUUAAAUUCAGGUGGAGUCUUGUGUGGGAACUUGUCAUUCGGUUUAGUGCUGUUAACUAGUGUUUCAUUCCAUCAUCUGAUUGCCGGUGCACUGCUAUUGAUGGAUGCGAUGAACCAAAGCAACGUUCCUCCUUUUAAUGUUCUGGAUGGAUGGUGUCGUUGGAUUAUCGGUUCUCCUCCGUUUCCCAGGAGGAGAGGAUGUUUCCAUUUCCUUUGUAGCCUGUACUCUUAAUUAAGUUGUAUGGAGAAGCAUGUAUGUACUUAGCAAGGUUGAUGGAUGGAUGAAAAAAAGGAAAGGAAGUUGGUCCAUUCAUGUCAA